AGAAUUUCUUCCUCUUUGCUUGUUUCAAAUUACAAGCAUUUCAUGACUAACAAGAUAAUUAGAGGAUAUUUUGAAUUCAGCUAAUCUUGCAUGCAUAGGAAUUGAUCAAAUGGCUAAUCACAAGAAGGGCUCAGCGGAAGCGGAUUUUUUCACCGAGUAUGGGGAAGGCAGCCGAUACCAGAUCCAAGAAGUGGUAGGGAAAGGUAGUUACGGCGUGGUGGGAUCUGCGGUGGACACCAAAACCAACGAAAAAGUUGCCAUCAAGAAGAUCAACGACGUUUUCGAACACGUCUCGGACGCGACGCGCAUCCUCAGAGAAAUCAAACUCCUUCGCCUGCUCCGUCACCCCGAUAUCGUGGAGAUAAGACACAUCAUGCUCCCGCCCUCGCGUCGAGAGUUCAGAGACAUUUACGUCGUGUUCGAGCUGAUGGAAUCCGAUCUUCACCAGGUCAUCAAAGCUAACGACGAUCUCACCCCUGAGCAUUACCAGUUCUUCCUCUACCAACUUCUACGAGGCUUGAAAUACAUCCAUACCGCUAACGUUUUUCACCGAGACUUAAAGCCCAAGAACAUUCUUGCCAAUGCUGAUUGCAAGCUGAAGAUAUGUGAUUUUGGCUUGGCUCGUGUGUCUUUCAAUGAUGCUCCGUCAGCUAUAUUUUGGACGGAUUAUGUUGCGACUAGGUGGUAUCGUGCUCCUGAGCUUUGUGGGUCAUUUUUCUCCAAAUACACUCCAGCGAUCGAUAUUUGGAGCAUAGGAUGCAUAUUUGCUGAAAUGCUGAGUGGGAAACCAUUGUUUCCUGGGAAGAACGUGGUGCAUCAGUUGGAUCUCAUGACCGACUUGCUUGGAACUCCUCCGGUCGAAUCGAUUUCCCGGAUUCGAAAUGAAAAGGCAAGAAGAUACCUCAGUAGCAUGCGAAAGAAGCAACCGGUUCCAUUUGCUCAAAAGUUCCCCAAUGCAGAUCCUCUAGCACUCAGCUUAUUAGAACGUUUGAUUGCUUUUGAUCCUAAAGAUCGUCCCACUGCUGAAGAGGUCGCACUUGCCGAUCCUUACUUCAAUGGCUUGUCGAACGUGGAUCGCGAACCCUCCAGUCAAACCAUCUCGAAGUUGGAGUUUGAGUUCGAGAGGAGAAAACUCACCAAAGACGAUGUCCGAGAGCUAAUCUAUAGAGAGAUUUUAGAGUACCAUCCCCAGAUGUUGCAAGAGUACCUUAGAGGUGGAGAACAAACUAGUUUCAUGUAUCCUAGUGGCGUUGAUCGAUUUAAGCGACAAUUUGCUCACCUCGAAGAACAUCAUGGUAAAGGUGAACGGAGCUCGCCACUCCUAAGGCAACAUGCUUCAUUGCCAAGGGAGCGAGUUCCUGUGCCUAAAGAUCAAGAAGGACAAGAGGAGAACGAUUUCGAGAGGCGGACAGCAGAAUCUGUCGCCACCACACUCAAUAGCCCGCCGGAGGGCAGUCAAGAAAGUGCAGUCGCCGGCAAAUCCAAUGGCCCGAACAAGACUAACCCGGCCACUAGAAGCCUGUUGAAGAGUGCUAGUAUUAGUGCUUCCAAAUGUAUUGGUGUCAAACACAAAACAGAGGAGGAAGUUAUUGCAGAAGUCAGUGACGAAACUGUCCAUGAAUUAGCUGACAAGGUUGCUGCUCUUCAUAACACAUGAGUCAAUACAAUUUAAAAAAAAAAUCGAAUAAUUUGAGUCGUCUAAAAAUGCGAUUUUGAGUUGAUCUAUCUAAUCGUACACGAAAAAUGAUUAGAAUCUGUGUAUUAUUGAUGUAAUGUAUUUUAUAUGUUUCACUCAUCUUUUUGUGCAUUAUUUCUUCAUCUCUUUUCCCCUGGAUGUUGAACGAACUAAGAUACUAUUUUAUAUUGUUGAUUUGCAUGCGCUUGCAUUAUUUUCAAAGACAAGUGGCAUGAAUGAGUCUUUGAAUAUAUAUAUAUAUAUAU